UCACCUCCACACAUAAUCGCCCACCCAGACCCCUAUAGUCCACCUUUUUGCCUUCUUCUCCAAAACCCCCUAUCACCCAUAUCCCAAAAAAUCAUCUUCCACCCUUUUACCUCUUCACGUCACUCUAAAACCGCCCUUAACCUACUGAAGAAAUAUAUUUGUUUAAAAUUUCACAUCAUCGAAACCCCUUUUCAUGUAAAAUAAAUAAGUAGACACGAUACUUAACAUUACUGUUCUGACAGCCAUCAGAAAUGGUAGUUUGCCAAAACUUUACAUGAAAAAUAGGUUUAUUUAAGUUCCGAAUUUUGUAAGAAUUUUAAUAAUGAGUGAGUAUCAAGAGAUCAUUGAUUUUCUUAAUGGAGAAUUUCAAGGAUAUGGGGAUGUUGUGAUGCAUCCUGAUAAUGAACCAACUCAGAUAAAAGAGAGUUUUGAAGAUUACAGAAAUCGCUAUUUUAGAGAACAUAUUCAUAUGGGAAAAUCAUCUGAAAUUAAAAUAAUAGAGGAUAACAUUGAGAUUAAUGCUUUUGCUGAUUUUGUGAAUGGUAUCAUGAUCACUAUCUCAAAAACUAUUACUUUAGAGAACUUAGAAAGCAAAGAAAAGUUAAUAGAAUCUAUCGAAGCCUUUGGAGCUCAUUUUCCUGACAUACUCAUCCUUCCUCAUUUCUCUUUGAAGAAAGGAGGCCAGGAUUUAGUUAAGGUCAUUGAAAUGUUCUCCCCAGGUAUAAACUUCCCAUCAAACGAUGAGAAUCAACAAGAUUUCUAUGAAACUUUAAAGUCAGCACUUCCAAAAAUCCAACAAAAAUCCACAAACACCAUCGAAUCCAUACUCAGAACCCUCCAAGUAUACUCUGAAGAAGACUCCAACGACUUCUUCACUGCUUCAAAAAUAUUUUCUCUUCUAAAAUAACCCAACC